UCCAUCCCGGUUUUUGAGAAAAUUCCCCAAUUUCUUCCUUCCUUCCUUCCUUCCAUGGCCACUCUCUCUGCCUUCUCGUCUUCUUCUUGGCCAAACCCUAACCCUAGCUCCAACUUCCACUCUCUUCCUCAACCCGAUCACACCGACCACUCUCACAUCCCAACCAAUCUCCCUCCUCCUCCGAUGGGCACCACCGAAGACGAGGACGAUGAACCUCUUCCCAAUACUCACCCCCAAUCCACUCUCCUCCAAAACCCUAACCCUAAUUUCCCCAAUCGACCCUCGCUUUUUGCUCCAACUAUUCUCCAUGUCUCUUUCAAUCAAGAUUUCGGUUUCGGUUGCUUCUCCACAGGCACCGAUCGUGGCUUCAAGAUUUACAAUUGCGACCCGUUUCGAGAAAUCUUUCGCCGCGAUUUCCAUCACGGAGGUAUCAGCACUGUUGAGAUGCUCUUCCGAUGCAAUAUACUUGCUAUAGUCGGUGGAGGCCCUGAUCCUCAGUACCCUCUCAACAAGGUAAUGAUUUGGGACGAUCAUCAGAGUCGGUGCAUCGGCGAAUUGUCGUUCCGAGCGGAGGUUCGCGGUGUUCGGCUCCGGCGUGACCGAAUUGCGGUUGUGCUGGAGCAGAAGAUCUUCGUUUACAAUUUUUCGGAUUUGAAGCUUUUGCACCAGAUUGAGACGAUUGCGAAUCCGAAGGGGCUUUGUGCGGUUUCGCAGGCUGGUGGAUCGCUUGUGUUGGUGUGUCCGGGGUUGCAGAAGGGGCAAGUUAGGGUUGAGCAUUACGCGUCGAAGCGGACCAAGUUUAUCAUGGCUCACGAUUCGAGGAUUCCUUGCUUUGCACUCACACCGGACGGUCAUUUGCUUGCGACUUGCAGCACUAAGGGGACUCUUGUGAGGAUUUUCAAUACGUUCGAUGGUUCGCUGCUGCAAGAGGUUAGGAGGGGUGCAGAUAGUGCAGAAAUAUAUAGUCUGGCAUUCUCUUCAACUGCCCAGUGGCUGGCAGUCUCAAGCGACAAGGGCACUGUCCAUGUUUUUGGUCUAAAGGCUAAUUUGGGAAACCUGGGAAGUGAUAAGUCACAUGGUGCAUCUGAUCCCAAUCAUGCUGUUUCAUCACCCACUUCAUCACUCUCUUUUAUAAAAGGAGUAUUGCCCAAGUAUUUCAGCUCAGAGUGGUCUGUUGCUCAGUUUCGUUUGCUUGAAGGUUCUCAAUACAUUGUUGCAUUUGGUCACCAAAAGAAUACUGUUGUAAUUCUUGGCUUAGAUGGAAGAUUUAGAGUUGUCCAUUUCAAUGGGGAGAGAGAGAGAGUAUUAAUUCCAGACAGAUGGCAAGAUAACCGGGAAGCAAGAAAACUGAAAUUUAUAUACACAGAAUCUCUCUAUAUUUGCAACUCAUCUUCCUCCUGAUCGAAACAUUCAUCAAGUGAUCAAACAACUUCUCAAUCACUCUUUCGAUUUGUGCGUGAAAAUGGGGAUGAAGUUAUAUGGAAUACCAGCGUCGACAUGCACUACAAGGGUGAUGGCAUGCCUCUAUGAAAAGGGCGUAGAUUU